AUGGUUAAUCCAAAAUAUGCAUUGCAUGAUGUGCCGGGAAAGGGGAGAGGACUUGUUGUGACUCAAGAAAUUCCCAAGGGUACUCGAAUGCUUGAAGAAAGACCAAUCAUGACAAGGCCUAAACGAGCACAUGAAGGAUUCUCCCUACGAAAUAAAUUUAAUGCCCUCAAUGAAGCACAACGGCAAGCCUUCCUGUCUCUUUCCAACAUUCAUCCUUUCAAGGAUGCGGACGAGCAAUACUUGGGCAUCUUCAAAACAAAUGGUCUUCCCAUGGAAAGCGAUGACAGAGGCGGACUAUUCAUUGAAACAUCUCGAAUCAAUCACACCUGCGAUAAUAACGCCUGUCACAAUUGGAACACGAAAGUCAAGCGAAUGACUGUCCACGCUUUGAGGAACAUUCAGAAAGGCGAAAAGAUCACAAUAAACUAUCUGGGAUCUCGCCCAUGGACUCAUGGAAUUCGACUCGGAAUCCUCAAGGAAAAGUUUGAGUUUUUGUGUUCAUGCGAUCUUUGUUGUUUACCACCGGAACAGUCCAAGCGGAGUGACAGAGAAUUGAUCGAUAUCUAUCGAGGAAUUACUCUUGUUCCCCGCGUCUUCAUAAGAUAUCCAUUGCAGGCUAUCCGUUAUCUGGAUCAAGUAGUUCAACUUCUAAGUGGAAAUGAAUUUCAUCUCAGCUUACUGUGCAAUGCUCUUUCCGAAGCUUCCAAGCUUAAUCUCGGUCAGGGUGACUUGGCACGAGCUCGCGUGCUGGCCCAAAAGGCAAUGCAGUACAUGAUAGUAAUAUAUGGCAGCGACAGUCCGGAAGUACUUGAUAACAAGCGUCGAGCAAAUUAUCCCUCCAUGAGCGAUUUUUAUGGAUUAUCUUCUCAAGAUUGGGCGACCGCAGUCAAUGACGUUCCAUCGGGACUGAAAUCUGAUGAAUUUGAAGAUUGGGUUUGGAGAAGAGAGGGACUACAGGAUUCACGGUUGUUUUCAGAUCGCCCAAACAGCUUUUUGGGCUAUUCCAUGUUUCCCGCAUUUAACGACCUCCCACAUGAGAGAGAGGCGAAUCCAGAUUUCUAUGAGGAGGUUGGUACGUCUACGUGCCAGCCACGACGCCACUGGUGCUUCUUGGGCGAGAUUGUGGAGUUUCAGCCGAGACGUCCUCGCGAAAUUCUAAUCGAGGAUAUUGAUGGUACGAACGUCGAACUUACACUGGAUAACGAUGCACGAGACAAAAGCCCCCCACUUCCUCAGCUCCGAAAAGGGCACACAGUCGCAGUUCUUUACGCACAACGUUGCGGUGAUGAUUCUGAGCCAGAGAUCAGCCUACAAAACGCCGCACUACUUCAGUCCAGGAAUUCUCUACUAAAAGAGAAAUUGAAAAUACCAGAAUAUGCCACGCCUGUGGAAAGAAAUCAACAUCAAUGGCAAAAUGCGGCCGGUGCUCUCUGUUCUGGUAUUGCAAUCAGUAAAUAG